UCAGACAUCAUGCCUGGGACAGUCGGCGUCGCCACAUUAAUGGUUGCUCUCGCCUUGUUGGCUCUUCUCCAUAACUCUAUGGCUCAAGUUCAAAAUCCAAGGCUGAGCUUUUGUAAUGUUACAACGCCGAGACGGGUCGUCCUCAGGGGAAUCUCCGUCAGGGGUGCAAUGGUUGGAGGAACGUUGCAAGUGAGCUACGGGAUGCAAGUUUAUCAGCCACUGACAGCCGAUCCGAUAAUGAAGGUGACCGUGAGCAACAGCGCUGGUGUACCGUACGGCUGCUACUUCGGCGUGGGAUCGUGUUCCUAUAGACUGUGUGGCGGAACGCACGACAUGGAGAUGCAGCUGGCGAAACCAUGGUCCAAUCGGUGCCCCAUCCGACCGCGCACGUACAGGGGAACGUUCCAGCUGGCCCUGCCCCCCUUCAUUGGAUACUUUGUUCGGGAUGGAAGGCUUCGAAUCCAGCUUCAGGGUAUCCAGCAAGGUAAAGUCUUCGGAUGCCAAGCGUUUACCCUGAGACUUACAUCAAAUAAGUAACUGGGAUAUGUACCC